UGCCACGCGCCCGCAACAGAGUGGGCACGCUCACACGGCGAGGCCGGCGCAGGUGUGAGACCAUGGUCCGCUCCUCGCGCAUCACCUUCUCCUCGGCGGCGGCCGUAGCCAUGGCGGGCGCCGGGGGCUCCUCCUCCGAUGACGACGAGGCCGGCGAGGAGAUCGAGUCGGCGCCCCCGCUCCGCGUCGGCGAGGAGCGCGCCAUCGGCCCGUGGGGGAUCCGCAAGCGCCUCCUCCGCGACGGCCAGGGAUGGGCCACCCCCGUGCCUCCCGACGAGGUCUCAGUGCACUACGUUGGGACGCUCCCCGAUGGCACGCUGUUUGCGUCGACGAGGGACGGAGGAGGGGAGGAGCCCCGCACGAUCAAUCUCGGCAGUGGAGAUGUGGUAGCUGGGCUAGAGCGUGGAAUCUGUACAAUGAAGAAAGGAGAGAAAGCAUUAUUUAUGCUUCCUCCUUUGGCUUAUGAAGAUUCUGGUGCUCCGGGUGUUCCUAUUGGUUCUGAGCUACAUUUUGAGGUUGAGCUGUUAUCAUGGUUAACAGUGGUGGAUGUAUGUAAAAAUGGUGGAAUUGUAAAGAAAGUUUUGUCAACUGGAGUGAACAGACAAACAGGGGAACUUGAUGAAGUUACAGUCAAGUACAAAAUCAAGCUACUUGAUGAGUCAAUAGUUGAAGAAUCUCCGGAAGAAGGAUCAACCUUCUUUGUAAAUGAAGAUGCAUUUGGGGAGCAGGGAAGAGCUGCUAAAAACCAAUUUUCUGCUGUUCCACCAAAUUCUGCAGUCAAUAUGGAUGUGGAAUUAGUUUCACUGAAGCCAGUGGUUGAUGUUAGCGGAGAUUUAAAAGUAAUGAAGAAGACAUUAAAGUCUGGUGAUGGUCUUCGCACCCCACAUGAUGGUGAAACUGUUCAUAUUAGAUAUAUUGGCAGCCUGGAGGAUGGUACUGUCUUUGAAAAGUUUGGCUUUGAUGGGGAGCCCUUUGAGUUCAUCAUAGAUGAAGAACAGGUAACGGUUGGAUUAGAUCGUGCAGUGGCAACAAUGGUGAAGGGUGAACUUGCUGAAGUGACAGUGAAGUUUGAGUAUGGAUUUGGCAGUACAGAAGUACAAAGACAAUUGAUAACUGUACCAUCUUGCUCUACAUUGAUAUAUGAAGUGGAAUUGAUAGACUUCACAAAGGAGAAAGAAUCAUGGGAGAUGAGUGCCCAUGAAAAGUUGGAGGCUGCAGAGAAAUCAAAAGUUGCUGGCAAUGACCUAUUCAAGAUAGGAAAGUUUCAAAGGGCUGCAAAGAAGUAUAGCAAGGCCCUUAGUUAUAUUAAUGAGGACGGGCAUGUUGAAGAUGAAGUUGAAAAGUUAGUGAAAACUGUGAGAAUAUCCUGCUGGUUAAACCAUGCAGUAUGCUGUCUUAAACUGAAGGACUUUGCACAAGCAAUUAGCUUGUGUUCAAUGGUGUUAGAAAUUGAAUCUUGCAAUGUGAAGGCUUUGUAUCGGAGAGCACAAGCUUACAUUGAAUUGUAUGACCUUGAAUUAGCCAAGACAGAUCUACGGAAAGCACUAGAACUGGAUCCUAACAACAAGGAGGUGAAGUUACUGCAAGCAAAUCUGAAAAAGCUUCAGGUAGAGAGUGACAAACGGGAUGUGGAGCUUUAUGCAAACAUGUUUGAUCGAAUAACAGAAGAAUCCGAUGCUGUGUCAAAGAAGCGCAAGGUUGAAAAUGUAAAUCACAAUGAAGAAACAAAGAGUUCUGACGCAGAGGAAGCACUAGAGGUGGUCAAAGGACACUGAAGAUAGUUUUGCGUAAUCCUUUCGUGAUGUUUACAGUCCUUGGAAGGUAUCGCAAGAUUAUAAAUGGGAAGGUAUCAAAAAUUGGUUCCUAGGCACAGCGAUUUCGUACCUUCCUACUUAUAACUCGGCAGCAUCUCUUUUAUGAGCACUGUGUAUUCAAACAACAAUGCUACGGAUGAGACUUUAUGCCAGUUAGUGGAAGAAAACUCGCACCAACUAAUAGAAGAUAAGAUGAAACCUCUUUCGAGUCUCGACAAACAACAGAAGUCUCAAGUCAGAAACCUAGCGCUGCGGAGUAAGGAGCUAGUGCUGCUGUCUGUUGACAACUAUGGUUGCUGUUCGGUUUGCUACAAAGAUCACGGGGACUGUUCGUGUUCGGUCGCCAUUUUUUGCUGCCGCCUGGAGACCGAGGUACGUGGGUGUGGACGAGGCUAUCGGGACUGAGCUCUUCGCCUCUUCUACAGUUCUACUACGUGGAUAGAGUCAGAGCGGAGCCACCGCACGGACCCCUGAUCCUGUGGCUCUCCGGCGGCCUUCACCGGCCUCGUCUAAGAGAUGGGUUCGUUUCA